CAUUGGUCUGUUAAAAAUGUGAAUACUUUUAUAUCGUUUAUUCGUUUGUAAUUUUUAUUUUUUUGAAAUUUUGUUCCUCAAACGUUUUCAUAAUAAUAUUGUGUUUCUGUCAACAAUAAAUAUUAAAUUGCGUUUUGAAAUAUUUGAAGUCUUAUAGUAACUAUACAGCUGACUGAUAUGCAAUGUCGUCUAGCACCGACGAAGAAUUGGACAUGUUGUCGCCCUCGUUCAAUCCGAUCAAAGCUCUGUACGCAAAAAACGUACAGGUACCUAGCACGACAGCUCAACCGUUAGACAACAUAUCAAAAUUUGAACUCGCUCCUUCAGGAGAAGUCUUAAUUAAACCUGAUAGACCCAGAACAUACAAUGAAUAUAACAUUGAAUCGAUAAAACGUGAUUUAAGUGCUGUGGCCGGCACAUCUCAAGUAUCAUUAGUUCAACGGAUUAUUAAAAGGAGACGAACUGUAUUGGCACGUAUGUCAGAAAUUGGCAAAUCUCGUGGGCCACUAUCUCGCAUUGCUCUGUUUUGUUACGCAAAAAAACGUGUUAAAGUCUACAUACGAUCGGCUGUGUCUAUCCGAGGUCACUGUGAAGGGUACAUUAUUGCUUUUGAUAAACACUGGAACUUAGUCAUGGAUGAUGUAGAUGAAGUAUGGACAAGGAAAAACAAAUACAAAUCAUUAGCUAUUGGUGACGCGAGAAGUUUGGACGAUCCGGUGGAGAAGCCGUACGCAGUCAUCAAGAGGAUUCGAGGACACCAAGUAUGCCGGAGGCACGUUCCCCGAUUUUUGGUGCGUGGAGAGCAGAUCGUUUUAGUGGCCAAAUGUCUCGUUUGAACGACGACAUUUUUCAACAGUAUGAUGAUGUUUAAUAAAUGUAUAUUUUUACGUGUA